AUGGCAAGCGUGCUCCUCGCCAUCGCACUCCUCGCGACGCCAGGCCGCAGCACAUCAUCCAUCUUCGAUGCGACGCCCGUCGCCGACGCCGCGGCGCACGUCGGGCGGCUGCCGGCCAUGGGCUACAACACCUGGAACGACCUGCGCUGCGACGGCGUGUCCGGGGCGCGCAUCGUCGCGCUCGCCGAGGGCCUCGUGGCCAGCGGCCUCGCGGCGCGGGGCUUCACGUUCCUGAACAUCGACGACUGCUGGCACGAGGAGCUCCACGGCCCGGGCGGCGAGCUCGUGCCCGCGGCGGCCGCGUUCCCGGAGGGCCUCGGCCCCGUCGUCGACGCCGUCCACGGCCUGGGCCUGAAGUUCGGCAUCUACGCGGACCGGGGCUUCUUCACCUGCGCCUUCCGCGCCGGGAGCCGGGGCCGGGAGGCGACGCACGCGCGGCAGUUCGCCGCCUGGGGCGUCGACUACCUCAAGUACGACAGCUGCUGGGCGCCGAACGUGCGGCGCAGGGGCGCCCUCGAGGACUACGCGAAGAUGCACCGGGCCCUGCGGGCCCACGCGCCCAAAAUCCAGUUCUCGCUCUGCGGCUGGAGCGGCUGGUACGCGCCGGCCGUGAGCGCCGUGCCGGGCGUCCACAGCUGGCGCGUCGGCGCGGACUGCGACGAGUGGGGGAACAUCUACGAGGUGUCGCGGACCAUGGAGGGGCUGGGCGACUACGCGGGGCCCGGCCGGGGCUACAACGACCCGGACAUGCUCGUCGGCACGUCGGGCGCGAGCUCCGUGCGCCUGACGCCGACCCAGAGCCGGACCCAGUUCCUCCUCUGGGCCGUCAUGGCCGCGCCCCUGCUCCUGGGCACGGCGCCGGGCGACAUGAACGCCUGGGACUUCGAGACCUACUCGAACGAGGCCGUCAUCGCCGUCGACCAGGACCCGCUCGGCGUCCAGGGGGCCGUGGUCCAGUCGGAC